AGUCACGUGACAUAGUUAUAAAAAUAGAUACACACGUGGCACUGUUUAUCUGUCACAUUUUUCGCGGGAGUUCAAAAUGGCGGAAGAGCCUGUCAUUCUGCCUCAGUGGCAGGCCUAUUGGGAUCAUGAUAUUUCUUUAUAUCAUGGUCUUAUUCAAGUUCAUGAGUAUUCUAAAGAUCGAAUGAAGGAGGUCAUACGGUCCAAUGCAUGCAAGGUCAGUGUGUGGCACGAAGAACUAGACCAUCAUUUCGGCCAACAUACAAGUCAGAAAGCUCCGGCGACAAUGGCAGACAACCUGACAACGACACUUCUGAGUGGUUACAACAAAGAUGUGAUUCCAGUUGUUAACCCCAUGUUGCCCAUAAUAGUCUACCCAGUCAUUGCCAUUUAUCAAAUCAUAAAUUUGGAUGGCAAAGACCAGAUACUCAGUUUCGCGGGAAGCAUCGGCAUGGGAUGGCAUGAUGCGCAUUUAGGCUGGGACCCAAACAACUACGCUGGGAUAGCAUUGACCACGCUCCCCCUUGAAUAUAUCUGGAAGCCGGACAUAGGCAUCCAAAACAGCGUGGACGGAGACCUUUUCGACCUGUCGGAAAACCGCAAGAAUCGUGUCCAGAUCAUCGGGCCGAGUUACCUGGUCAUGUGGCAGGCCCAGCGCGUCUUCACAAUAUCCUGCCCACUGGACAUGACGUAUUUCCCAUUCGACACCCAAACGUGCACCAUCCGGCUCGUCUCCACCACGUUGCCAUCAACCCACAUGAGGCUGGCGAACAUCACCAACACCCUAUCGUUCGAUUAUUACCAGGAGUCAUCGGAAUGGGAGGUUGUUAGCUCCGGCGUCACUCUUGGCGACUUGAACUUCAUCAAGGAGUUGCAAUUCACGGGCGUCGAUGUGUAUUCCGUUUUCACGGCGGAGCUGAAGUUGAAAAGGCGUUCGGGGUAUUACACCACCCACCUUAUCCUGCCGUGCGUUUUCAUUUCGCUGCUGACGUCUAUUACUUUCUACAUCCCAUCAGAAGCCGGUGAGAAAAUCUCAUUCAGUGUGACCCUUUUGCUGGCUUUCACUGUCUACCAACUGAUUAUUGCAGAGUCGCUGCCCAAAUCCUCGGAAACUACGCCACUAUUGUCUAUUUAUCUUACCAUAUUGAUUGCAAUGUCGGCAUCGUCGGUAUUCCUCGCCAUGAUCGUCCUUAACGUUCACCACCACAACCCGAAGAAACCCGUCCCCAGUUGGUUGCGGAAUCUGAUCUUCAAAUUCCUUGGAACCAUCGUGUUCAAGCGCAAAGCCGUGCGGAAUCUUUGGAGUGAUACGGCUAGCGCUAAAGUACACCCAUCGCCGACUAUGGCGCCAGAGGGCGAAACGAUUGGAUUCCAAAGCUCGGAAGCAAAUAAUCAUGGAUUUGAAAAGAGAAAAGGUCAAAUUGUUGAUAGCACUCUUCCCUGGAGUCCAAGUAACAUAAAGGACCAUGACAUCUCAGGACAAGUACGUGAAAGUUCCUUCGGUUCGGCUUAUAACUUACCAACGAAUAAGGGCCGAGGUAGCGGCAUGUCGGCAAGUUCCGGUGACCUCCACAGGGAAUCACGUGACCUAAGAACCCCAUCAGACUUGCAUUGCCGCCUGGCGAACGUUGUGGAUGGUGCCGACUGUUGGAUUCUGGCAGCCGAAAUCCUAGAUCGCUUUUUCAUGUGGAGUUAUCUCGUUAUUCUUGUUACGACAUCAUUGGUACUUUUGGUGAUACUGCCUAGCAUGUAUGCGUGACUUGAUUGAUACGCAAUUGAUACUGCAGCCAACUCAUCCGAGGAACUCGGAUCAGUCCUUGAGUCAUCUGUUUAAAAAUAUCCUCAAUAGCAGCGCAAGGUUAAAAACUGACAUUUGUUGAUAAGUCGAAAACUCAUACAUGUAUGCCAUAAAGAAUAAUGCACUCUGAUAUCACAUAAAAUGGAUACGCACGUUUGAUGCGAUUAGAUUUUUAAAAAUAUCUCAUGUUUAUUUUAACACCUAGUAUUAAAGUCAUUCUAUCACGUUGGUGACCAUGUUGUUGCGUCCAUCACUGACGGGCCCUUGCUCAUCUGCUCGUUCAUGAAAUAUUUAAAGAAAGCUUUUGAGAAAAACUCAAUGCUUGGGUAUUUCUUUUCUAACCAUGUACUAAAUGCAUGUAACGCGAAUCAAUGCCUUAACAUUGAUGACCGACAUUUUCGUUUGUUUAAAUCAGUGAAUCGAAUGAAAAAAAGGGAGGCGCUGUUAUUUAGGACUGUCGCAGACAUUGUCGAAUGAUAGAAUCCCAGACUACGCUAUGUUCUCGAACCUAAAGUUCAUAAAGAAUAUUCUUUGCCAACUUGCAACCUCAUAGAAAGCAUCAUAAUAACUAGGUCAGACUGUUUUUCAAUACAGAUGCAUCAUACGACAACAACACACAUGUAUAAAAAAAUAAACAGGUGUAUUCCUGG